GCUCCUGCGCCGAGCGCGGCCGGAGGGGGCAGAGCUGAGUCGGGCCGGGCCGCGCCGCGCAGGAGCUCCGCACCCCGCGCCGCACCGUCCCCGGCCCCGGCGGGAGCCGCCGCCGCCGCCGCCGCCGCCCGGAAGAAACUGAAGUGAGAAAGACGUGACUGAAAAAGAACGAUUGGAAGGAACAGAUUCAUUUCUUAACAAGAUCAAGUUUGAAUUAAAUGGCUGAUAAACAGAUCAGUUUACCUGCCAAGCUGAUCAAUGGAGGGAUAGCUGGGCUGAUCGGAGUCACCUGUGUAUUUCCCAUUGACCUGGCAAAAACUCGCCUGCAGAACCAGCAGAAUGGUCAACGGAUGUACAGUAGCCUGUCUGACUGCCUCAUUAAAACAAUUCGGUCGGAAGGCUACUUUGGCAUGUACAGAGGGGCUGCAGUGAACCUGACUCUAGUGACACCAGAAAAGGCUAUCAAACUGGCAGCCAAUGACUUCUUCCGGCAUCACCUCUCCAAAGAUGGGAAAAAGCUGACACUGCUGAGGGAGAUGCUGGCAGGCUGUGGUGCAGGUACCUGCCAGGUGAUUGUCACCACUCCCAUGGAGAUGCUCAAAAUCCAGCUGCAGGACGCAGGACGCAUUGAGGCACAGAAGAAGCUCAUGGCGGCGCAGGCCCAGCUCUCCUCCUCCCCUGCGGCGGCGGCGGCCGAGCCGGCUGCGGAAAAGCGUCCCACGGCCACCCAGAUAACCCGGGAGCUGCUGCGGAGCAAAGGCAUCGCCGGACUCUACAAGGGCCUAGGAGCCACGCUGCUAAGGGAUGUCCCAUUCUCCAUUGUUUACUUCCCGCUGUUUGCAAACCUGAACAAGCUGGGCCAGAAAGACCCCAAUGUCAAGGCUCCGUUCUACGUGUCCUUCCUCUCUGGAUGUGUGGCUGGCAGCACAGCUGCAGUGGCUGUCAAUCCUUGUGAUGUGAUCAAAACGCGGCUGCAGUCCUUACAGAGAGGAGUCAAUGAGGACACCUACUCGGGGAUCCUGGACUGCACCAAGAAGAUCUGGCAGAGGGAAGGGCCCACGGCCUUCUUCAAAGGGGCCUACUGCCGAGCCCUGGUCAUUGCUCCUCUCUUCGGCAUUGCACAAGUCGUCUACUUCGUCGGCAUCGCGGAAUUCCUGCUGGACAUGCUCCCCAAGCGCCAGGCCUAGCCCUGCAGUGGCUGCGUGUGUCCUCCCGCCCUCUGCAGCGCUGGAUUCAUCCCCGUGUUCGCAUCCGUGUCGAUCGAUGUCACAGCAACAGCACAAAGGGUUCGCGCAGGGACGCGAAGGGACCUGGUGCCCAGAUGGGCAGACUGGGGAGGGAGAGAGUCCCUUCUCUGCCGCUGUCUGGAACCCGCCCCCUCCCGCUCCUUCCACGGACAGUACCUAAUUAUUCCUCUCUCUCUCUCUUUUUAAUUUCCCACUUUUUGGUUUUAAAUUGUCAUUCUUAAGGACACUGGUAAGCACAGACUGGGCUUGCAGACCCAGAAAUCUCCUCUCAGUCUUGGGGAGGAGAAGAGAUGGGAAAGAAAUAACUUCAAUCCUCAUCCACCUCAGUUUCCCUUUCUACCUGGAGCUGCCAGCCAUCUGAGGAGGAGCUGGAGGGGCAGCUGUGUCCCCUCAGCACCUCCUUGGCUCUGCUGACCUCGGGUCAAGAGUGAAUGCUGCACAAAGGGGGCUUAUCUCAUUGCUGCUGGAGGCAGGGGUGGGGGGAAUGCUGGCUCUGGCAAGUUCCUUGGCCUGGAAACCUUCAGUCUUCCCUUCUCCCUUUUUAAAAACUAGUUGGACUUAAAUGAA